AUGGUGAACACACAAGUUGGAGGAGCAAGCAUGGUUUCUUCUGCUACAAGAAACGAAGGAGUAAUUAGUCUCGCGCACUUAAGGGACAAAAAGGCUCCAGGUACCGAGUUAACCCUCUCCAUAAGCCCUGAUAUAUGGGAAAUCAAGAAACAUCUCACAGUGAGCGACGUGAGAAACAACCAAACACGCCUUAUGCUACCUAAGGAUGAUGUGGUUGCGCAUAUUCUGGACUACCUAACGGAUGAAGAGCGCCUAAUGAUCGAAGAUGCAAAUAAUCGAGGGUUGAGGAUCAGAGUGUACGACAGCAAUACUGAGUCUUUGCAUCAGCUGACUUUGAAAAAGUGGCAUUCAAGUGGAAGCUAUGUGUUCAUUAGCAAUUGGAAUGAGCAAUUUGUUAUAAGAAGAAACCUCGAAGCUGGCGAUUUAAUUGGACUCUUUUGGAAUACUUAUGCGUCAAGGCUCCACUUUCGUCUGCUUAGUCAUUAUAACCAUUGA